CCGACGGAAAAUCUUUGACAUUUUUAAGCCUAGAAUACGUUACUCCCAUUUUUAUCUUUUGCUACCCUUUUCAUUCUUUGAUUUUAUUUUUGUUUUGUAUGAAAACCAUAAAAGUUUCGUCUAUUUUGUUUUAUUCCAUUAUUGUACGUACUAUUUUUCCCAAAAUUUUGUUUUGUUUUGUUUUGCUUAUGCCUAUAGAAAUGUCGCCAUUGCCAUUUCUGCUACUGCUAAGCCUUUGCUGGAUUCGUCCGCAAGCCUUUGAAACAACCGUUUGCGAUUGCUCAGAGCCAUUAAGAAUGGGAAUUCUUCAAUUCUCUGACGCAAAUUGCCGGCCAAAAGAAAUUGACAAAAAUAGUGUUCAAGUGAAAUACGGUGUUUACAGUGAAGAACGGGCAGCAGCUCAUUUUCCGGGAUAUAUUUGCGCAAAAUGGAAAAACAUUAAACACACUACUGUGAGUUUUUUCGGCCAGGUAGUGAUUGUGCCGGACAAAAUUUCCAUCGAUACGACACCUUCAGAGUGCAACGACAUGAUUAACCAUAAAAAGUGCAACGGAAAUGAGAUGAAAGCUUCGGAUAAUAAAUAUGUAUUCGAUCACGAUCCAACACCUUUGAAAUAUUGGAUGAGUACAGUAACAGCACAAAUUACUAACUGCGUCCUUGAAAAAGUGCAACUUUAUCAACAAAGUGAAGACACUAACUUCCAGACACCUAUUGGCACAGCAUCCGCGACGGCAGGUAACUUGUCACAUAAUCAUUUAACAUUGGUAUGGGACACUACCUACACGCAUCACACCGCACCAAUCAAUCGACUUGUUGAAUCUGGUGUCGGUACACUAACAAGACAGUUGGAAGGCGAAAAGUCAUUCCGUCUACAGGAUGACGAAAAUCAACUAGAUUUUCACUUAACUCUUCGACCUCCUUGUCUUCCACUUCAACCCAAUUGUACGAACCGUACAUCAGCUUACGAUGUCGUUGGUCAACCAAAAUUAUACCUUUUGACAGGAGAGAUAAAGGAAAAUUCUUCUUCAGCAUCAACAACGACACCACCGCCACCUAACGCUGAAAUUUUCAGUAUACCAGCUAAUAUACAAUAUAUUCGCGAUCAACUCACCGAUCACGAGAAUGAAUUAGCGAGACUAAUUCAAAUAUUACAAUGUGAUUCCCGAAAGGCGAAACACGAACGAGCUAUCGCAGCCGCUCAAUAUAAUGGAUGGUUAGCGGCUUCCCAAUUAAAUUUACCCCAGUGCACGAAAUCCCAAGCUUUGGGUAGGACGGCAGUCGUCAUUCAAUGCAAAGAAUUAAAUGUCACAUUUGACACCGUAGUGACCUCUUGCGGACCACAACCAAAAUUCCAAAAUUUUACAAUAAACCUUGAUGGAUGGGAACUUGUAAAAUUUUCACCCUGUUAUUGGACCAAUGGAUUUGUCAACUUUAAUGGCAAGCCGUACGCAUUCCGUAAUAACACCUGGAACCCAAUCGAGGCAAAUAUUAUUUUACCGGAGCAGUCACUCGCCCACUCCUUUCGUUACGAAGAUGUCAAAUUUUCUGAUUACGAACAUCGAAGCAACCCAGCAUACAGUGAUACCAUGCUUAACCACAUGAAUAUCAUGGCCGAUAUUGCGGCAGCUAUGAACGAACACUCACAAGAUAUAUCUUCGGUACGCGAAGCAUUGAGUACCUCCAAUGUUUUGAUAACAGCAUCCAAUGUCGGGACCUACACCAGCUGGUGGGGAAAACUGAAGGAUUAUUUUUACAUCGGUUUACUCUGUGUCUCCGGUGUGGUCCUCAUGCGUAUCUGCUAUUGCUUGGGAUUUUUCGAAAUGAUUCGGAGUCUAUGCUGUCCCAAAUGGAGAACUUCGACCACCGCAACUUCCGGAUCUUUCGAAUUCAAUGAGAGAUUACGGGACGUAAUCUCACGCAACCGGGAGUGAUGUAACGAAGCCAUCUAAAUAUAUAUACCUUUGCAGAUACCCACAAUAUGAUCUAUUUGCUUAUGCUUAUUUUAUAUUCACAUUAUAUUCUUAUUCACUAUUACAAACGUAUUUGCUAGUUGCUUCAUGUGCAACCAUGUUGACCUAGAUAAAACUUCCGGGUUCUGACUCACGCGUGUGACGCACCUACGCGUCACGAACAUCACGCCACAUGCGAAGAUGCGACGUUUCAUGGUGAACCCACUUUCUGACAAGAGUCAGACAAGUAUCAGCUUGCAAGACGUUCAGUCGCCUUUAGCUUGAAUUGUCACUCUUGAACAGUAGACUUUUAUCUUGAUGUGUUAGCUUAUUCAUUUUAAUCCAUUAGUUAUUCCUCCAACUUAUUUUGUUCUUCUUUCCUCUCCGAGCAUCGUGUGUAUUCGAAUUAUCUUCUCAACACGUACUCCAAAUACUAUACGUGUCGGCAAGUAGUAUUGUUUCCCGUUUUCUCCUAUUAUUCCCUCACGCUUGUACGCCCGCGCUACCACGGUAAGAUCAAAUUACUUUGUCUCGAAUCUCACGCUCAGUUUCCCAAUUGGACUCACGUCCAUGUAUCCUUACUCGUUUUGUAAACCUUUGGCCUCAGCUUAGUAAUACAUAAUCAUCAUUGUGGGUAAAUACGCCUCUGAGUUUAUUUACACAACAAAUUGUCUUAAUUCGUAAAGCCAUUCACCCGAGAGGGAGAAUGCUUUACACUAGUGUCAUGUAUUCACGGCAAUGGGAAAGAGCUAAAAAACUAGCAAGAUAUUACCUCUUCAAACUCAAACUACACAGAAAAGCUACUACGACAUCGGCGCGAAAGCAGCUAAAUACAACAUAGGUGACUUUGUUUUGCUAAAAGUUCACCAGUAGCAGGAAAAUUCUUAAACAGAUGGAAUGGACCAUUUUCUCGAAACUUCUCGGAUAUCAACAACGAAAUCCAGCACACCAUGAAAUAAAUACUGAAAGCUGUGGUACAUAUGCUUAUCGCUAAAGCUUUACAUCCCAAGAAAACAAGAAACAACAAACGGAGAAAUAAUAAAUAAUUCAAUCAACCUUCCGGAGAAUGUUGAAGCAGGACGACCAAAAACUCACCAACGCCGUCUGGGAAGACGGAGAAAAAAGCAGCCGAUCCAUCCAAGGAAAAUCAACAUCAAAUCCCGCAGAAAAAUGAAUGGAAUGGCAACAAAAGAAGAAUCAGAUCCCACAAUACCCCACCCAUACCACGACAGAAUCCUAAACCCCCAUCUAACAAACCACCGAAACAACUUACGAAGGAUGUCAUCAAGAACAACAUUACUAAAUCCUAAUAUUUUCUUAACAGAUGCAAACACUACUACUCCUUCUUUGCUUCCUUCAUUCACUUAACCAUACUUACCCUAUCUACGCGAUAGUCUGUAAAUGUAAUAACGUGGAAAUUCGAGGAAUCCUGGACAUCGAAUCACCUUACUACUUUGACCAUGACAAAUCUGAAACACAACACUUACCGAGGAUUCAAUUUACCAACACAUUGAUGGCCAAGAAAAAACCAGCACCCACUUGGAAAGGAUGGACAUGUAGACAACGUAGCAAGACGAAGAAAAUAAAUGGAUCCUUCGACACAAUAUAUAUUUACAGGAAACACAACUAAUAACCCCUCUGGAAUGCUAGGGGGUGGUCAACGACAAAAAGUGCGAUGAAAAUAAUAUGCAAGUUGAAUCACCAGGGCUGAGUUUCCCAGCCACCUCUACAGGCGAAGGGAAAUGGUACGCCAUUAAGGAGUACCAUACCCUCAACUGCGUAGCGGAACAAAUCACACUAUGGCAAGAGAGAACUGAUCAGCCAAUCAAGAGCCCGUUUGGACUAUUGAACAACACACAGCAGGAAGGACAAUUCAUUCAAAAUCAAAACACCAUCGUGUGAGGAGAAAGAACAACAUACAACUCAUAUCCUCAAACACCACUCCCACCUAUACCACCUCUAAUCAAAAGAGAAAAGAAAUCAAACAACAAAAACUUGACCACACCCACCACACAAAAAUCCAUUAGUCUACUUCAAGUACCACCACGACAACAAAGCCGACUACAAAAUAAUCACCACAACAAUUAAAGAAACAUCAACCAUAAAAACUACGGUAUAAUGCACAAGCAGCUAAAAGUUAGACUAAAUUGUUCAAAGCAUAUUGCACAGCACAAGCCUCACGUUUCCAACAAUUGCUUUUAAAAAACACACCAUCCUGCCCAGAUAGCAAUUGUUGUCCCAUAGUGGCUCCAAAGCCGUACUAAUGGCACCGCUGUGACGAAUUCAUCCAGUAGAUGUUCCCAUCGAAUCCCUUGAAAAAGAAGUACUUCCGUUUUUCUGCUAUGUUUCAUUUGUCCCCCGUCGAUGUCCCUAGCCCGUCCCAUUUCUUUUCUUUUGGCUCUCUAUCAACACUUAGAAAA